CUUCUUUCUCUUUUUUUUUUACUCAAAAAUCUUUUCUUGUAACAUGUGGAGAUGAGUCUUCGAGGCCAAAAAUAAAAAUAAAAAUCAAUUUCCAAAUUUGCUUCGGCGUUAAUUACGGGGUAAAGGGUACUCUUUAUAUUCUAAAUCUGCUAACUUUUUUCAUUCACCAUAGAAAAAAAUGCAAAUUUUUCAAGUACAUAGCAAAACCUCAUCUUGCCAUGGCAUCAAGAAUCUUAUAUUAAUCUCUUGUUUUGCUUGCUCAGUCUACUUUCUAUAUCCAUUCAUUCUUGCCUCAAAAACUAACCUUAUUGAUCACAGCUCAAUUUCAUCACAUGACCAAUUUGAAUUAUCACCAUCACCUACCACAACUCUUCAACAUGUUGUGUUUGGAAUUGCAUCUAAUUCUAAAUCAUGGCCAACUAGAAAAGAAUAUGUUAAGCUAUGGUGGAAGUCUAAUGAAAUGAGGGGUUGUGUGUUUCUUGAAAAAUUGCCUAGUAUUUCUACUAUUACUGCAAAUGCUUCAAAUUUUCUUCCUCCAAUUUGUAUCUCUGAGGACAUUUCAAGAUUCCCAUAUACAAAUAGAGGUGGAAAUCCAUCAGCAAUUAGAGUGGCACGUGUCGUCUCAGAGACAGUUGCACUUAAUCAUUCAGAUGUCAAGUGGUUUGUUUUUGGAGAUGAUGACACUAUUUUUUUCCAAGAAAAUUUGGUCAAGACAUUGUCUAAAUAUGACAAUGGGUUUUGGUAUUACAUUGGAUCAAAUUCAGAAAGUUAUAUACAAAACAAGUUUUUCUCAUAUGGAAUGGCUUUUGGUGGUGCUGGUUUUGCUAUAAGUUAUCCACUGGCUAAAGUUGUCGCUAGAGUUUUAGAUUCAUGUAUAGAGAGAUACCCAUAUCUUUAUGGAAGUGAUGCAAGAAUUCAUGCUUGUUUGACAGAGCUUGGUGUUACACUAACACAUGAGCCAGGAUUCCAUCAGAUGGAUUUUAAUGGAAAUGCAUUUGGAUUAUUGGCUGCUCAUCCAACUAAACCAUUGGUAUCUCUACAUCACAUGGAUAAAUUUGACCCAAUUUUCCCUAACCUGUCAAGAAUGAAAGCUCUACAACAUUUGUACCAUGCUGCAAAUUUUGAUCCACACAGAAUUUUGCAGCAAACAGUAUGCUACGAUCGUCGAUUUUCGUGGACAGUUUCAGUGUCAUGGGGAUAUGUUGUACAAAUUUUUGAGCACAAUCUGCAUUUGACUGAUGCUCAGCGUGUACAAGAGAGUUAUUUGCCCUGGAAAAAUAAUGCUUAUGGUACACUCUAUCAGUUUAAUACAAGGAAAUUUGUCUCUGAUCCAUGUAAAAGGCAACUUGCUUAUUUCUUGGAUGAAGUUUCUAUGGGGGUUGAUGGAAUUAGGACCAUCUACAAGAAGAAAACAUCUGAGAGUUGCACAUUCAGCGAUAAUUCACCCAGAAAAUUAGAAGAAAUUAGAGUGUUUUCACGCAAGUUAGAGCUUGACAGUAAGCAGUUGCUAGCACCAAGAAGGCAUUGCUGUGAUAUAUUACCUUCUACAUCUGAUAAAGUGAUGGAAAUAAGGAUAAGAGAAUGCAGAGAAGAUGAACUUAUUUACAUGCACCAGUAGAGAUUUUGUUUGAAUUUUAAUCAAGGGUAAAUUGGUGAUGAAAGAGAGCUUUGAGCAGAAAAUUUCAAUUCGUUUGCUUGUGACAAAAUUUAGCUGCAGAAGAUACAUUGGAAAUGUUGGGGCAGAUCAAUGGGGAAGUCUUAGUUUUCGGAAGUGUUAUUGUACAUGUGUUUUUUACUCAGUUUAGAUACAUACUUUACUAAAGCAAUUUAGAGAGCUACUAGGCAGAUUUUUCAUUGAUUAACUGCAGGCCUUGUAACUUGUGAUGAGUUGAUCAAGAAAAAUCUCAAAUUUGACUAGAAA